AUGACGAAUAUUUGGGCGUGUCUAUUCAACUAUUUCCGCAAGCCUGGCGAUGUUGGUGUUGAGACCUUCAGCAUUGGGUACGGGAGAAACUCAACCCGUGGGGUUGACGUCGAGUCCCUGCAUUUCUCUCUCGGCUACAUAAAGCAGAAUAUGCUCGGACGCCACACUAUCAUGCAGGUCGAGGUUGGAAAGGAUCCAGUUGACGCUCUCGGUAAGCUUGAGAAGGAGAUGAGAUACAGUCUCACAGAGCUCCCUGUCCCAUUCGUAAUCUGCCCUCUCUACGGUAUGAUGGCAAUUGGGCCCUAUGUUCGCUUCUACGUGCUCCAUGAUCCGGACGGAACCUUAGAGGAACUUAAACCAGCGACAGAUGGAUCAGCGUGGCAUAUCCGACAUGAUGAUAAGGCGGUCGAUUCGAUCUUCAACUGGCUUUUCGACCAUUUCAUUUACUGA